UAUGAAGAAUUCAUUUUCUCUCAGCGCAGUAGAGUACGGAUGAACGCACUAGUUUGUCUCGCACAGUUCAAGAGUGAGAAACUGUCAUCUGUUGCUCAGUUGCGUCCGGAGAAAAACGAAAACAAAUCUUUCGCCUGCACAUAAACAACUUCAACACAAAACAUUCAUCAUUUCCAAUUUCCUGAACGAAAACGAUGGACUCCACGGGUGCUGAUGCCGGAAACGCUUCCUUCGACGCUGGCUCGUCAUGUCAACAAAAAGGAAGCGCCAGCAGGAAAAGAAAAUCCUUCAACAUCGCUGAGCAUUUUGAUGAGGUGAAGGACUCAUGUGGAGCAAAAGUUGGCAUGAAAUGUCGAGUCCCGGACUGCAACGUGCUGCUUACCUACAUCAGUACCUACAACUUGGAAAGGCAUUUGAUUGGAAAACACCAGAAGCACGCACUGGAACUCGGACUGAUCAAGGAAACUCCGAGGAAGCUCUUGAAAAUCGUGGUACUAAUUGACGUACAAGAAUUUCUUCGAAACUGUGUUCAAAUUGUCACUGUUUGCCAUCUCCCGUUUAAUAUCUAUGCAAAAAAGUGCUUCCGGGGACUCAUUGAUCCGAUUGCUACGAAACUCCCUAUUCCGGCAUUAACUCCGACGAAUGUUGCCAUACUGUGUGCGUCAGUUGAAAGAAUUUUCCAAGGGGGAGGUCACCUCGUUGAUAUAGUUUUAAUAUCAGGUUGAUAUUUUUAAUAUUUUUAAUAUCAUCAAAGCAGCUCGGAUGAUUGAAAAGAUUAUCCUAUCAACAAACAUCUGUCAACAGAAACACACGGAUUGAAUGUCGAAUUUAUUGCGAAAGUAUAUUUAUGUUUCUUAUUUUUUUUAUUGCUGCAUUUACAUAAUCAAUUCAAUUACUUUCAGAACAAAGGGUCAACUGCCCUGGAAUGGUAGUUUUAUGGGAGGAUAGGAAUUCCAGCCUGUGCAACGAGGAAAUUGCGUGCUUUCACAAUUCUUGAUACCUGAUACCUGAAUCUCGAUAACCAGAGUGUUUUUAGUUACAUUCUUAAACAGUGAUUUCUUUUAUUAAACAGAAUGUAUAUAAUAACUAUUGUAUAAAGUCCAACGCUUAGGGUUCUUUAAUAAAUACGAGAAAGCGGGAAAUGUCUAGGUAUAACCACUUUUUUAUUACCCUUAGACCAAAAUUAUAUGCUUUGUCCUCGGCCUUGCUUACACAUGCAUGCCCAGGGUAGAGGGUGUCAUUUGGUACGAGAACCUCUACACAAUCUAUUUCGAUCUGCUGUAAAUAUGUUCUUUCUUGGUGCGAAACACGAGGUGGAAAAAUGUAUGAGAGAGUUGUGGAGAGGAAGCAUUUUUUUUCCAAGCGUUCUCUUCAGAUCCGGGCGAUCGGGUGAAACGGGCUUUUCUGAAAAGAUCACGGCUCGAUCAUUUUUACUUUACUGAUCGAGAUCCCUUGAAUGUCUAUGGAUCUAAUUGCACAUAUCUACUCUCAAAACUUAGGGUCAGGCUGCAAGUGUCAGUUACAAACAAUACGAAUAAUCAAUGCAUACCUGAUGAUAUUUUUAAUAUAAGGUUUAAUAUUUUUGAUAUUUAUCCAAAUUUUGAUAUUAGAUCAGGCUGUCCUACCCCUUGGAAUUUUCAUUGAUUUGAUCAAAAGUGAAGUGGGUGGUAGGCUGGUGUCCUUGAAACUCGAUCUUGCUACACGUCACGGGCGGUCGAUGAUUGGAGUAAACCUCCAAUUAAUUAUAAACGGCGAGCUGAUAACACGAACACUAGGUGUUAUUGAAACUACCGACCGCCAUACAGCCAAAUACAUCGAGAAAGAAAUUUUGCAGUUGUUGGACAAAUUUUCAAUCAACAUCACACAACUGUAUUCAACGACGACGGAUUGUGGCAGUAAUGUUUUGAAGUUUGUGAAACUUAUGAUCAAGGGUCAGGAAUUAGAGUUCAAUCAGGAUACGGAUGAUACCAUUGCAGUGGAUGAACCUGGUGACGAGGACGUCGACUCGGAUGAGAUUCCGGAAGACACCUCCGACGAGCUGCUUGUUGAACUGGAUUCAAUCCUCAGGUCAGUAAAAUGUGGGGCACACGCAUUGAAUUUGGUGGUCGUAGAAGCGACUUCAGAAGAGGAAAUCAAAGCACUCAUUGCUCAGGUCCGCGAACUGGUCAAGAUUUUGAGAAGCGAACCAUACAAGCAAAGUUUCAAAGCGAACAAAAAACGGCUCCCGUUCUUUGAUUGCACGACUAGAUGGGGUUUCACAUACUUGAUGAUGGCUUGUAUCAUCGAAAAUCAACAAUUCAUCACAGAGCUACUACCCGAGAAGCUAAACCUUAAAUUCGAUAAGGUUUUCUGGGAUAGCUGCCAUAUUGUCCGAGAUAUCUUGAAGCCAGUUUACAUCGUGACUAAGAAGGUACAGGAUCAAGCCAUCCUCUUUGGUGAUUUCUACAUCAUGUGGAAAGAACUUUAUCUUGAGCUACAAGAAAUUGAUCAUGCGCUUGCUGGUGGACUUGUAACGGCGAUGGAUAAGCGCGAAUCGAGUUGCUUCGAUAACGAUGCGUUUUGGGCUGCAGCGUAUCUGGAUAGAAGGAUCAAUUACAACGGUACUCCAUUUUUGACCGAAGAUCAACAGAAACGUGGAAUGGUUUGUAUGCAUGGAUUUGGGUCUUGGAUAUUUAAAUUUCAAAGCACUUUUUUAACAGGAGCAUCUUCUGAAAACAUGGAAAGCAAUGAACAGUGGAAUAAAAGGAGGUGAUGAACCUACAUGCUCUACAACCACAGGACCGUCGACUCCAGUCAUACCGAGCGGUAAGACCAGCCGCCUUGAACAAAUGCUUCAGCGUAACACAACGCCAAAAUCGCUC